GUUUGAUGUUGUCUGGUCUCGUCAGUGUUUGUUAUAUUGAAUUGGGCGUGCGAUGGUCGGUGUUCCGGUGCGAGACGCUGCCAAACAGAGCGAUCGAGCGGCGAUCAGUUAUGACGUCACUGACUGCGCCGCGCUGCCGCAGCGCACCGGAAACCAGCCAAACCAUUGUUUUAUAUUAGUAGGGGGUACCUUGUUUUUGUGUGUAUAUAAAUUAAAUGGUUAAAUGUAUUAUUUUUGUGUUUAAUGUUUUAUUUGUUGAUUAUGUGUUUGAGUUUGUGUUUAGUAUUAAUUAUUUGUGUAAAAGAAGUAGAAAUGCCUGAAGAAGUGGGUUUUUACCGUCUGUUAUUACCCAUUUGAGAAGUCCCAUGUGAAGGGGGUGGAGUCUGGCCUAUAUAAGGUCAGGUCAGAUUAAAACUCAUCACUUGUUUACCAAGGCGGAGCGAGAGAGCAACUGUGGUGCCUCAAGCGAUCUUUCCAACUCCUGUAUAUUGUAGAUACUUACCGGUAUAUAUUGACUUUUAUUCAUUUGGAUUAUUCCCUCUUUAUUUUCUGUUUGUUGUUUCUUUGGUACUUUGUGCACCUGUAUAUAUAUUUUUUUCACUAUUGGACUGUAUUUAUUUUUUGGCACUGUAAAUGAUUUUCGCUUGCACAUAAUUGCUAUUGCGGGCUGAGCCAUCAUUUAACAUCUUUUACGGACAUUCACAACGUCUCCUAGCGAGUGGUGGUUCUCGCUUUAUCACAUAUGGUGGCAGCAGUGGGAUGGCAACCCACAAGACAGCGCUAAAAGUUAAAAAACCCAGGACGGGUUUGCGUACCCAGGGGAAGGUGGUGGCUGAAAAGGAUGUGGCCUGGGAUUCAAUGGAAUCUACGGAGGACGAAGAGGCAGCUACAAGGCUUCCUGAAGCAUCAGCAAAGGCCAGUUCACCACAGACCAAGCCCUUCACAGCCGGUGAAAUGUCUGGUGAAGUAAUGGUUUCUUUGAUGCGCAAAUUCCUGGACGCACAAGAGGAGAGGGAAGAGAGAUAUCUGCGAGAGCUCCGUGGUCUACGAGAAUCCAUUGUACAGUCAGCACGGCCUGCAGAGACCUCGUAUGACAUGGAUGAUCUGCGGAUGGACCUACCAACUCCGGCAGCACAAAGAGGGCCUACACGAGACAGGCAAGCACAUGUCCUAGACUCCACAAAUUUCCCAGUACCAAGUCAGCCAAUGCAGCGGUCUGAACCAAAGAUGCCAGCCUUCCAGCAGGGGGAAGACAUCGAAAACUAUCUUCGGCGGUUCGAGCGGUUGGCCAGGACCUGGGGGUGGCCUGAGCAGGAGUGGAGCUUUCGACUUGUCCCGUUGCUGACAGGGCAGGCACUGGAGGCAUACUUAGCGAUGGAUGAGGAGAACGCGGAGGUGUAUGCUGAUCUAAGGGAGGCACUGCUGGAGAAAUUUAACAUCUCACCAGAAACUUAUCGCCAGCGCUUCCGAGUGUCCUAUGUUCCAGCGGGAGAGUCACCAACAGAAACGUACCAUCGCUUGAGGAAUCUGUAUCGACGAUGGAUACGACCUGAGGAGCAUACUAAAGAGGAGAUUGGUGAAGCUAUUACCCUGGAGCAGCUUCUUCGUGUACUCCCGUAUGAUACUCGCACUUGGGUACGGGAGCAUGAGCCGAUGACAGGCCUGGUGGCAUCAAAGCUGGCUCAACAGUACAUGAAUGCUCACAGGGGAGGCCUGCGCACUCAACCACCAAGAGGUACUGUACGUUUUGUUUCCGAUCGCUCUGGGGCUGAAGCUGAGAAAAGUCGUGCUGAUCGUAUAGACCAUGCACAAAGACAAAAAUCAUCUGUGGGCAAGGGACUAAUUUGUUUUUAUUGCCAACAGCUUGCACAUAAGUGCUAUUGCGGGCUGAGCCAUCAUUUAACAUCUUUUACGGACAUUCACAACGUCUCCUAG